AUGGAAGUGGUGGUGUUCGAUGUCUUGGGGAUUGAUUUUAUGGGACCCUUUGUGAGCUUUGGUGGCAUGAAGUAUACCUUGGUUGCGGUGGACUAUGUAUUAAAAUGGAUAGAAGCGGUGGCUUUACUUAACAUUGAGGCUAAGAGUGUUAUGGUGUUCCUAAAGAAGAACGUGUUUACUCGAUUUGGUACUCCGAGGGCUAUAAUCAGUGAUGGUGGUUUCCACUUUUGCAAUAGAACCUUCGCGGGAUUGACAGAGAAGUGUGGUGUUAAACAUAGGGUGGCCACAACCUAUCAUCCUCAGACAAGUGAGCAAGUUGAAGUCUCCAAUCGGGAGAUUAAGAGUAUUCUAGCUAAAACCGUGAAUGCAAACAAAACUGAUUGGGCUUGCAAGCUUGAUGAUGCUCUAUGGGCUUACCAGACUGCCUUUAAGACUUUGAUUGGAACUUCACCCUUCAAGCUUGUUUUCGUCAAAGCUUGUCACUUGCCGGUUGAACUUGAACAUAAGGCUAUGUGGGCCUUGAAGAAAUUGAACAUGGAUUGGGAAGAGGCGACCAAACUCAAGUUGUUUCAACUCAAUGAGAUGGAUGAAUUUCGGUACCAGGCGUAUGAAAGUGCAGCACUUUAUAAAGAGAGGAUGAAGCAGUGGUCUGGUCCGUUUCAGGUGGUAGGUGUUUCACCCCAUAGAGCGAUUGAACUGAAGUUCGGAGAUGGAACUCGGACAUUUAAGUUGAAUGGGCAGAGGGUGAAGCACUAUCAUGGAAUGGUUGAUGGGGAUAGAAUUGUUGACCGAUACCGGUUGAAGCACCUUGGAACGAAUGCUGACCCGGUGCAUGCCGACCAGGGAAUAGGGUCCGAGUCCACAAAGGAAUUUAUACCUCCACCAAAGGUUCAAAGGGCCCCCACACAAGGCACAUCUACACCCCCAACCAUGACACCGUCCAGGUCCGAGUCUGAAGCCUCCCAGUCUGAAGAGGGGGAUUCUGACGCGGAAGCAGCAAGCAAAGGUGCGACCCAACAAACUGAGCAAGAGAGUGGCUCCGAGGAGCCAAGUUCUAGCCAAGCUUAG